GGACCGGGACAAUUUUAUUUUUUUUGGUAUAUAAAUAUCUCUUACUAAAAAAAAUAAAAAUGCAUUCCUUCAUUUCCCCUCUUAUCUCCAAAUUGGUUCCUUUUUGUGUGUGGAUUUGGUGAACUCUGGGAAAAAGAAGAAGUGAAAAUGGGUGAAGGGGGUGAGAAAGCAGAGAGAGGAAAACUUCCGGUGAAUGAACAGGGGAACUUAAUGACAGCCACUGGUGAUGAAAAUCUCAAGGACAUUUUCCACACUAUCAGAAUAACUAAAACUCCGGCUGUAAUCAAUUAUGGAGCUUCUUGGUGUCGUGUCUGCAACCAGAUCCUUCCUACAUUUUGGGAGCUAAGCAAAAAGUUCCCAAAACUCUCUUUCGUAUACGCUGAUAUUGAUGAAUGUCCAGAGACAACACAGAACAUUCGGUACACACCAACUUUUCAUUUCUACAGAGACGGUGAGAGGGUUGAUGAGAUGUUUGGUGGAGGAGAUGAGCGCUUGCAUGACCGUCUGUGGUUGCAUUCGUAGAUGAAUGCUUUCAAUACCAAACUUUUGUAUGACAGAUGACCAAACUUUUAUCAUAUUUCUAGGAGAAAA